CAAGUUGGUGAUUGGUUAUUUUAUUAAAUUUUCAGUUGAAGGAGUUUCCUGAGGAAGCCUGCAAAUUACAGCUUUCUGUUCUUGAUCUUUCCAAUAAUUCGUUAUCCAGUUUGCCUCCAGAGAUUGGUACCAUGUCUUCCCUGAGAAAACUCCUGCUUAGUGGAAACCCUAUACGAACAAUUCGUAGUUCUUUGGUUUCUGGACCUACACAGGCAUUAUUGAAGUAUUUAAGAAGUCGACUUUCUUCUACUGGAGAAGCCUCCGGAUCAAGCAGCAGUCCUAUGAAUGCUGAUGUUAUUGCCAAGGCAACUAGGUUGUCUCUGUCAUCAAAGGAACUAUUCUUAUGUGGACUUGGAUUGACCAGCAUCCCAUCUACUGUCUGGGAGACGGAUGAGGUGGUGAAAGUUGAUCUUUCAAGAAAUUCAAUUACCGAGCUCCCAAAUGAACUGGCGACUUGUUGCUCACUUCAGAUAAAAAUGGGCAUAUCUGGUAAAUGA